UUCACUGUUCCUAGUAUUAGUUUUUGUGCAUUUAUUACACUGUGGUCAUGUGGAGCAUAACCUGUGGUCUGUUUUACAUUCAGGUUCAGCCUACAGGCCAGUAUCCACAUCUCUUGCUGAAACUACAAGGCCAUGCACAAAUCCACAUGUGCUCGAUGCUUUGCACAGGUCGGAAGCUGCCGGCUUAUUCACGGAAUUGCAAACUCGUGGUUCAUCAUACACACCAGUAUCCACACCCCUUGCUGGAGCUACAAGGUCACGCACGGAACCACAUGUGCUUGGUGCCUUAUGCAGGCCUGCUUCGACACAUGCUGAAGCUGCCAGCUUCACUGAGUUGCAACCUCUUGAUUCAUCGUACAGGCCGGUAUCCACAUAUCUGACUGGAGCUACAAGGUCACACACAGAUCCACAAGUGCUCGCCUUCAUGGAAAGGGUCUUACAGGUACUUAAUGGUAUUAAGCAGACCCAGCAGGCCCAUUCACAAUGCCUUAAUGAGCUGCUCAGCAAUGCCAACAGUGCAUCUUCACAACCUUGUGACCUCCCUGAUUUGCCUUUUUUGGAUGCGACAGACGUGCUUGACUAUGACAAAAAGCUUGAGACGGACAGACAAGCUCAACAUCAAAUGAAGAAGCACUUGGCUGUCCAAGGAGGGGACUCAACAAAACAGAAAACAACACGCAUUCUACAGUCCCUCCUUAGUAGGAACGCAGCAAUAAGCUUCAGUUGGUUUGGAACGAAGGGGAAAAAAAAAUUCUCAGAGUUGAAUCUGUGCAAGCUAAUGUGUGGCACAUUGACUAAUGACAUCAGGCACCCAGAUGCCACCCUUAAGGAUGUCGAGAGGGCCGCCAUGACGUGGUUCCGCCAUGCUGCCGAGCGACUUGCUGCUCAACAAAUAUAAUUUUGUUAAUUUCGCCACCAAAUAUGAUCAUGCUGAAGUCAGCUUUCUUGUUGCAGAUUUUCCGCAUGGCCUGUAUGAACAUAUUUUUUUUCACUAGUGUUUCAUCCUUCUUUUUUUAAUGUUACCAUUUGCCACAUUCAGUGCCAUCAUUUUCUUAAUGUAUCGUUUCCUGUGCCUAGCUGAAAUUUUUAUUUCCUGAAACAUAAUUUCUUUACUGGUGCACACAGCUUGCACUGCCUCUCUUCUAGCAGUGUAGGAUUAAGAGUUAAGAGAGCAGAACUAAGACUAAUUAAAUGCAUCAUUGGCCUAACUGGGAACACUGUUGUACAAUGUUUAAUAAGUGCACAGCAAUGUAUACAAAAACACCUUAGCAAGUAAAUACAACUGAAUUCUGCACUACUAGAUGAGAGUUAAGCAGGCUGUGCAAACCAGUAAAGAAAUUAGGUUCCAGUAAAUCAAAAUUUCUCUUGGGCACAGGAAACAACACAGCAAAAGAUUAUUUUAAACUUUGUAUUAGUAGGUUCUGUGAGGAGAAUGUGACUUAAUUACAUAUGUGUUCAUCUUAUAAUGGGAAGCGUGCAAUAAAAAUUAACAUUUCGAAAGUUCAA